AUGACGUCCCGGGCCGCCUCUCUCGUCUUCGCCGCCGGGCUGCUCAGCCUGUCCCUGUGGCUGCUGCUCGGCCAGCCGCUGCUCGCGCCGCACCCCGACCGCGGCCGCAUCUCCAACCUCGACCUCGUCCUGGGCGACUCGCUGCCGCCGCGCCUCAACCUCUGCUUCGCCACCAUGGAGCAGUUCCUCAACAAGAUGGCCAGCUUCUCGCACGUCUGGAUGAACCAGGACGAGUACCGCGACCGCGACAACAUUGCCAAGGCGGUCCGCGAGGGCCGGGACGUCUGGGGGCGCGACAUUGACACCUUUGAGCGCAUCGAGCGCAACCAGGACAUUCCGGCGGUGCUGAGGCGCGAGGGGGACAAGUACAGGUACCUGCUGGACAGGAGCGGCAAGUCUGCUGGCUUCACUGAUUAUCCUUGA